UUGACUGCAUUGCUUGACAUCAACACAACUCUUCAUGGUUCCCUUCUACUACGCUCUAAACUAUUGGUACUUUAAGAUACAAAAUGAGUUUUUAACAUAAUGUUAAUUGGUACUUUAAGAUACAAAAUGAGCUUUUAACAUAAUGUUAAACCGUAUAGUUCAGUUUGUAUCACAAAUAAAUUUCUACAUUUAUGUUUGUGAUACAAGUUUAGUCUGUAGCAUAACAUAAAAGUACAAAUUCAGUUUGUAUAAAAUUGUAAAAAAACUACAUAUACAAACUAAAUUUAUACAGGAACAUCAAAAUUUGCAAGUUUUAAUUUCUACCUUAAAUGAUUUUUUUCACAAUUCUAAUAUUAAUUCAAAAGACAUCAAUUGGAAAACCCUACAAAUCCACAACCACAAGUCUUGCCAUUUGCCGAGGACCCGGAUGGAAGAGCUCGAAGACUGGUGUAUUCUAACCCUCUGUCUUCUCCACCUGUCGUCGGGUUUGUUUGGUUCUCGUGGUUCUCGGCGGGAUGGGCUCGACAUUCGGCAUGGGAAGGGAGGUUUGGUGGUGGUUCUCCUCCGAUUCUCGUCUUCCGGGUCGGAUGGGUGCAUGUUCCAUGACUUAAUUCGGGUUGGUGGCGGCGACGGGUCAGGUGCGGGGCGGAGCACAGUCGCGGCGGUGGAGGAGACUUUGAGGGGGCACAUUGCGGUUAGGGUUUGGGAGAGACCCAGAUCUGUUUUGGCUCUUGGCCUGAACCCUAUUGGGCUCUCGGGUUUUUCUUUUGGGCCUCUUUUUUUGGGUUUCUUUUCAUGUCUUAUCUGCUGGUUUGCUUGUACACUUCCCUUUGUGGGCUUGGCCCAAUCGUUUAUUUAAUGAACACAUCUUUCAAAAAAAAGGUCUUGCCAUUUGCCGCGUGGCAGUAGUAGAAGAAAGUCAGAAACCAACAAAUGCGUAUUUGAUUUUUCUAAAGCAAUCCUUAACCAAUACGCCAUCGUUUUCUUCUUAAACCACUCAAUUCCUCAACUACAAUUAGUCAAGUAAUCAAGCUCCAGAAGGACCGACCCAAAAAGAAACCGAGACAGACGGAAACACAUAGCCAAUGCCGUGGAAGACCGCCGCCGCCGCCGCCGCCUCUCCGGCGGAAUCCUCCGUCCCCUACACCGCCCUCCCCGCCGUCUACCCUCAGAACGUGAUCGUCCUCCCUUACUACCGCCCUCACCGACCAAGCCCAACCCUCCUCUUCCUCCGCCGCUGCUCCGCCUUCACCGCCGUCGUCCUCCUCCUCUCCGCCGCCCUCUUCUUCCUCUACCCUUCCGACCCGGAAAUCACGGUCGUCCGGGUCGGGCUCAACCACAUCCAAGUCCAUUCCUCGCCGAAGCUCACGCUCGACGUCUCCUUGUCCCUCACCGUCAAGGUCCGGAACCCUGAUUUCUUCUCCCUCGACUACGAUUACCUCUCCGUCUCGAUCGGGUACAGAGGGCGGCAGCUCGGCGUCGUGAGGUCGAUCGGUGGCACCGUGAAGGCCAGGGGUUCGUCGUACGUUGACGCGGCGCUUAAUUUGAACGGGCUCGAGUUCUUCUUGGAUGCCUUCUACUUGCUCGAGGAUUUGGCCAAGGGAGUCGUCCCUUUCGAUACGACGACCACGAUCAGCGGCGAUCUUGGGCUCUUGUUCUUCGAGAUCCCCAUCGAGGGGAAAGUAUCCUGUGAUGUUUAUCUGAGUACAAGCAACCAGACUGUUGUGCGGCAAAAUUGCUACCCUGUGGUAAGGAACUCUGAUUCCUUUGUGGCUUUGUGAUCUCUUGGUUUACAUCGUAGUGAACCAACUCGAAAGGAAAGUGUGUGUGUGUGCUUCGUUAGUUGCUAUAUCAUUGCAUCAUUCAUGCUGUAUAUAUGGAAACGCACAAACAAACAAGGCUGAGAACAUAGACGUCAAUCAUCAGGAUUGCAUCCAUUGAUCUGUUUUGGAAGAGUAGCAUUCAAAAUCGGAAACAGUCUUCACAUAUCUGCUAUAUCUUGAACCGACGAUUCCAACAUUCGUUCUUUUUCUCCCUACAUUGUUUGUUCUAUAUUUUUCCGUUGUCAACUUCACUGAUCACUUGAUCCAUUCCUACUUCCUCCUGUGCAACUCUGUCAGUGACCUCAGAAGCUUGGAAUCAGACAGCACAACGCUUGUUAAACCCCCCCAGGUAUAUAUGGUGUAAUGUUCGUGAAUCCUGAUCCUUGUAUCGCGUAUUGGAUAGAAGAGCGAAUUCCGGCUUCUCCUUCAGCCAGAGGCUUCACGUAUUGUGCAGGUGUGUUAUUAGAGACUUUCAAGUCGUAAUCAAGCUUUGUGUUUCACUACCUGCUGACAACCAACUUCAGUCGGAUUGGAAGCUAACUGAUGCGUAUUACAUGAACACAUUAUCCUGUACAUAUACUGAAUUACUCAUAGCUGAUCCCAUCAGCGAAGUUUGUUACGUUGUGUAAGUAGCAGAAUUGUUGUCCUCCUUCUCAAGGAAUCACGGGUUACAAAUUUUUGUCGAUCCUCUUUGUUAAAGAUGUAUUUUGUUAGAACUUAGAAGUCUUCAGUGUUGUAGAUUGCCGAUUGAGGCCUUUUUUGGCAACAUCACAUGCUUCAUGGUUCUUCGCCGGAAUGAUAUUUUUUUCUUUCUCUUCACGGGAUCAGAAUGAGUCCUUUUUUCACAAAGGAGAAGCUGGAAAGCAAGAUUACAUCAAUUUGAAUUGGGGGUUCAGCACUCCACUUUGUGUUGGAUCGUUGGAAAAUGGGUUCAUGAAUUAUUGCAGUAUCGGAAUAAAGUGUAAUAUGGCGCCAACUCUGGUUCUGAUCCUAAUUUUCUGACAAUUGGUGACCAGAAUAUGGCAUCCAUUCAAAAAAGAAUGCCGGCGAUUCAACUUGCCAACAUGCAAAUUCUUCUAUUCCCUGCAUUUGGAACCUUAUUCCUUCCUUCUUAAAAAAGCCCCUUUAGCUAAAAGUCAUCUCCAUUGCCAAUCAACCCACAAAACUUCC